ACGAAGAUCGCGGCAGAAAACGAGACCGAGGUCCCAAAGGUAAGCCCAUCCGAGAGAAAAUUCUCUCUCUAAACUAUUAGAGAGAGAUAUAUAUAUAUAUAUGAUUCUUCACGUGUAUUAUUUAUUGAAUACAGGUAAUUCAAAUUUAAUUAUAAAUUAUCCAAAUUCAUUUAUUAAAAUUCGGUCGAUCGAGUAAAUAACUUGAUUCUAGACCUAAUUACAACAUUGAAAAUCUCGCCUCUGUCCAAGGCUCAUAUGCGGGAGCAGACAAACCCAACCCACGGGUUCAACCGAGGCUCAACCUGGGUGCGUCCAUAAAUCUCAGUUGCCCCAAACCCAACUACUCUUCUCCUUACCAGUCGACUGCUAAACCCCAUUUCUCAUUGUCUACAUUUAUCCUUCCUCCUCCUUAUCCCUCCAUAGAGCCAUGUACUCUUUGGCAGCACCCACCAACCUCAUAGCCAACGCUCCACUCUCCUCCUCUUCGUCCUUAUCCCCCCGCCGCAAGUCAUGUGCUAGUGCCACCGCCCCCUCACGUGCUUUCUCCUUCAAAUGCGAUCUUUCCUCCUCUUCUUCCUUACCUUCAUCCUUUCAAAACCCUACACCCCGUAAUUCCAAUUCACACAAUUCCAUCCUUAAAUCCUUGUCAAAGCCUCUAACCCUUGCUGGCGCUGGCGCUGGCGCUUCCGUCGCCACUCUCCUCCUCCGACUCACCCCAAUUAUUAACUACGGCCCUCGCAACUUCGGCGGUAAUAAUGGCGGCGAUUGGUUCGGAGGUGGCGGUGAAGGUGGAGGUGGACGAGGAGAUGGUUUUGGUGAGGGAGGAGAGUUCUGGAAGAGACUGUUUUCUCCGGCGCCGGCAGUUGCGGACGAGUCGCAGUCAGAGUCACAGGAGUGGGAUUCACAUGGUCUUCCAGCCAACAUUGUGGUUCAGCUAAAUAAACUGAGUGGCUUCAAGAAGUACAAAAUUUCAGAAAUCCUCUUCUUCGAUCGGCGGCGAUGGGCUACCGUGGGCACUGAAGACUCCUUCUUUGAGAUGGUCUCUCUACGACCUGGUGGAAUUUACACCAAAGCACAGCUCCAGAAGGAGCUCGAAACGCUAGCGACUUGCGGAAUGUUUGAGAAAGUAGACAUUGAAGGAAAAACUAAUCCAGACGGAACCCUAGGCAUAACUAUAUCAUUUGCAGAAAGCACCUGGCAAUCAGCUGAUAAGUUUAGGUGCAUCAAUGUAGGAUUAAUGACGCAAUCGAAACCCAUUGAAAUGGAUCCAGAUAUGACCGACAAAGAGAAGCUGGAGUAUUACAGGAGUCAGGAGAAGGAUUACAAGAGGAGGAUAGAGAAGGCGAGGCCGUGUUUGUUACCGAUGGCGGUGCGGACGGAGGUGCUUCAGAUGCUGAGAGACCAGGGGAAGGUUAGCGCAAGGUUGUUGCAGAAGAUUAGGGAUAGAGUGCAGAAAUGGUACCAUGAUGAAGGUUAUGCGUGUGCUCAGGUUGUGAAUUUUGGGAAUUUGAAUACCAAGGAGGUGGUCUGUGAGGUGGUGGAAGGGGAUAUUACCCAGUUGGUCAUUCAGUUCCUAGAUAAGCUUGGGAAUGUUGUCGAAGGGAACACACAGCUUUCUGUUGUCAAGAGAGAAUUGCCCAAACAGCUUCGAAAAGGUCAAGUUUUUAACAUUGAAGCUGGGAAACAAGCUCUCAGGAACAUAAACUCAUUGGCCUUAUUUUCGAAUAUUGAGGUGAAUCCAAGGCCUGAUGAGAAGAAUGAGGGAGGAAUAAUUGUUGAGAUUAAACUUAAAGAACUAGAGCCAAAAUCAGCUGAAGUUAGCACUGAGUGGAGUAUUGUUCCUGGACGUGGAGGGCGUCCCACAUUGGCUUCAUUCCAGCCGGGUGGAACUGUUUCUUUUGAACAUCGGAAUAUCAAAGGGCUGAAUCGAUCCAUUCUUGGUUCAAUAACCACCAGCAAUUUCUUCUUGCCUCAGGAUGAUCUUGCUUUUAAGCUUGAGUAUGUUCAUCCAUAUUUGGAUGGUGUAUAUAAUCCACGCAACCGUACUCUCCGUGCAAGCUGCUUUAACAGCAGGAAACUAAGUCCAGUCUUCACUGGUGGGCCGGGAGUGGAUGAAGUCCCUCCUAUAUGGGUUGAUCGUGCUGGCUUCAAAGCUAACAUUACAGAGAAUUUCACCCGCCAGAGUAAAUUCACUUAUGGAAUUGUGAUGGAAGAGAUAACAACACGUGAUGAAAGCAGUCAUAUCUCUGCUCAUGGUCAAAGAGUGUUGCCAAGUGGUGGAAUUAGUGCAGAUGGGCCUCCAACAACCCUCAGUGGUACCGGCAUUGACCGAAUGGCAUUUCUACAAGCAAAUAUCACACGUGAUAACACCAAAUUCAUAAAUGGAGCUAUAGUUGGUGAGAGGAAUGUGUUUCAGGUGGACCAAGGCCUUGGAAUUGGCAGCAAGUUUCCGUUCUUUAACCGUCACCAACUAACCAUCACGCGAUUUGUACAGUUGAAGCAAGUGGAGGAAGGUGCUGGUAAAUCACCACCACCCGUACUAGUCCUGCAUGGUCAUUAUGGCGGUUGUGUAGGAGAUCUUCCAAGUUAUGAUGCUUUUACCCUUGGGGGACCUUAUUCUGUGAGAGGCUACAAUAUGGGUGAAUUGGGAGCAGCUAGAAACAUCAUUGAGCUUGGAGCUGAAAUACGGAUACCUGUGAGAAAUACGCACUUGUAUGCAUUUGCAGAGCAUGGAAAUGAUCUGGGAACUUCUAAGGAUGUCAAGGGGAACCCAACAGAGGUCUACAGGAGAAUGGGUCAUGGUUCAUCAUAUGGUGUUGGUGUCAAGCUGGGUUUGGUGCGUGCAGAGUAUGCUGUUGAUCAUAAUACUGGUACUGGAUCAUUGUUCUUUCGGUUUGGGGAAAGAUAUUGAAAGGCAGUCAGUUACAUAGAUUUGCUAGGUGCAUUUUGGCCAUUAGGUUUUUGGAAGAAACUACCGGAAUUCUUGAUUGACUGAAAUUUUAUGAGAUCCAUAGAACUAGAUGUAUGUUUUAAUAUAAGCGGCUCUUUCCAGUAGGUUUUGGUUGGUAUAGUUUUUCUUUUAGAUCUGGUCCUAGAAGAGAUGAGAGAGGGUAAGAAGUUUAUGAUGUCUAAAUUGUUUCGUGUUAUUCCUUGGGAUUGUCUUUCUGAGCAUGUUGGUUUAUAUUUGGUUGUGCAAAACUGAAUAAAUUUUUAUAAUAAAGUGAUUUAAUUUUCUCCGAA